AUGGCUGAUAAAGAAGCAAACUUAUACCAGGGCCACACGCUCCUGCAGAGGACUCUUAAGUUCAUAUCCUCUAUCAUGACUUUAGUUGGAACUCAUGUUGUCUUACUGGCAGAACUGUGGACAUUAUCGUCUGCACUUUUGCACCAGUAUCACUUUGUGAAUGAAAGCAAGACCUGGCAAGAUGCACAGAAGUACUGCAAGAUAACCUAUAAGGACCUGGCCACUGUCACAACCUUAGAGGAAAUGAACCAGAUCAUUAACAUUGCAAAAAGUAAUAGUUUCAAAGAAAAGGCCUGGAUAGGACUUUAUAACGAUGUAAAUAGCUGGAGGUGGUCUUCGAAGGACACCGAUUCAUAUGAUCAGAGUGAGCUCAUGUUUACCAGGUGGGAGAGUGGGCAACCAGAUAAUUAUCAGGGCAAACAGACUUGUGCUAAAAUAAACAGCGCCGGGCAAUGGGAUGACAUUAACUGUGAAAUGUUGAGGGUCUUCAUCUGCUACGAUCAGGGGACAGCGGAUUUUGUGUUCAUCAACUCUACAUCAACUUGGAGUAACGCUCAACAUUACUGCCGAGAGCAUCGCACAGACCUGGCCAGUGUGAGGAACAAGAAUGAGAACGAAAGGGUUAAGAACUUGGUUCCGUCAGGAAACGAUGCAUGGAUUGGACUGUUUAGAGAUGCCUGGAAGUGGUCCGAUGGAAACAACUCAUCGUACAGAUAUUGGAACGAUAAUGAGCCAAAUAAUAAUUGGAAACGAAAAGAGAACUGUGGCGAUUUCUGGAUGUCUGCGAAUGGCAAGUGGAAUGAUGAGAAUUGUUCAAUCCUACGACCGUUUUUCUGUUACACUGGGCCAAAGGUGAGGAGGCAGAUUGUGAGCGUAGAGUUCCAAGUUAACUCCAUGCUGGACGUGACCGACACUGAGGUACAGGAUGGCAUCCUACGCCAGAUCAAGAAGAAACUGCAGGAGAACGGGCUGCCGGCAGACGCCAAACUGAGCUGGAGAAAGCAGUCUGAUGGACAAAUUUUUCAUGAGAAGAAGGAUGAGAAGAGAGAAGAUGCAAAGAGAAAGAGGGGGAGGGAAGACGAGUUUUGAACUGUUCCACGAAUGUCCGAGUAUAAGAGUAGAAAUGUAUCUGUUGAAAUCUUCUUCCUUGCAUGGACUUAAUCAGAUUUAAUUUUGUUUGUUUGGGUCAGCAAAUAUUUCACUGUUGAUUUGUUGCCUGUUUUUGGUCGAUUUUAGAAAGACAACAAGAAAUGUGAAAUGUGAUAGGAAAUUUAAAAACGCUUCCACGAUCGUUCUCAGUCUUACUGGGGUGGGGUCACCAUCUAUCCAAAUCUGAUCUGGACGUUCAAAAAAACAAUCUACACAAAGUGCAGAAUAAUAAGAAUUGUGUUCUACUUCUAU